AUGGGGGACGAGGACCCUCUCACAGUCCCGGUCCCGGAGACCAUCCCCCGCAGACCCACUUCAGCUGCUAUCCAUCCGGUAACCGUGAGCAUGCGCGCUGUGCGCCACGUCUGGAAUUCAGGCGGCGGGGCCACGAAAUACAGGAAACCGGCGGUGAAGCGGGAGGCGGGGUCACGUGACCCGGUGACUGCUCCCCCCCCGCACCCGCUGCCCGACCCACCGGUCCCCCCGCCCCGCACCCCGACCCAACAAAUUAGACCCCCGCACGUACCCGCUGCCCCACUGGACCCCCUACCCCGCACUCGUUCCCCGACACACCGGCCGCAUCCACCGGCUCAGCUCCCCACCCCACACCCGCUGCCCGACCCGCCGAAUUAUCCCCCGCCCCGCACCCGCUGCCCGACACGCUGGCUCAGCCCCCCGCCCCGCACCCGCUGCCCGACCCGCCGAAUUAUCCCCCCGCCCCGCACCCGCUGUCCGACCCACCGGCCACAUCCACCGGCUCAGCUCCCCCGCUCCACACCCGCUGCCCGACCCGUCCACCCGCCCUACACCCGCUGCCGGACCUGCAGGCCCGGCCCCCCGCCCCACAUCGCCCACCCGCUGCCCGACCCGCCGGCUCAGUCCCCCGCCCCACACCCGCUGGCCGACCCGCCGGCCGCCUCCUCCGGCUCAGUUCCCCGGUACAGCAGCUAUAGUUUAUUCUGA